GGGUGGAGAAGUGAUCGUGCCGUGACCGUUGUGUGUGCUGUGUAGGCUGCGUUGGUGGGGUAGCCGUAAGCGGAGGCUGAGUUUGCUGUGUGGCGUCGGUCGGUGGAUAGCCCGCUGGUGGAUAACAACAAAACGACGACGCUUCUCGGGACCCGUCUACGGCUCGUCCGACGACGUGCUUGUGUGUUCGUCGUCCCCCCCUGUGCUGUGUUGUCUUCCGUCCGUGAACCUUAUUGGAUUUAAACCCCCGGCCGUUCGACGACGCCGACGCGGUAUCGUGCGGUCCGCGCUGCCCAGAGCUUCGCCUUCCCCUCUGCGUGAGUCCGGGCCGAUGGCGGCGGUGGGCGACCAUCGGCAGGGCGCGUCCCCUCCGGCGGGGCCCUGAGGCCGGAGCGAGGAGGAAGGAUGGCUCCCCCGGGAGGAGCCCUAGCCCUCCUGGCGCUCGGGGUCCUCGCCCUGGGGCCGGCCCCGGCCGCGCCCGCCUGGCAGGACGCCGUCCUCGCCAAGAAGACCGUCGCCCAGCUACCUGUGGAGCUCGUGGGCAAGUUCCGUGGCAACCAGACGCACAGUGACCACUUCCGGCUUCUAGAGCAGGACGGCCACAACCUCCUCGUGGGCGCCAGAAAUGUUGUCUACAACAUCAGCCUUUCUACGUUAGAGCUACGGAAAAAGCUGGAAUGGUUUGCAAAGAGUGAUGACAUCAAGAUGUGCAAGUUAAAAGGGAAGACAGAGGAGGACUGCCAAAACUACAUCAGGGUGCUAGCACGAAAGUCAGCGACUGUGAUCUUCGUCUGCGGCACAAACGCCUACAAGCCACGCUGCAGGGACUAUGAGGUUUUUCAGGACGGCGAAUACCUGAUAAAAGAGGACAAGCCUGGGGAAGGUCUGUGUCCUUUCGACCCCAAGAACAACAGCACGGCCAUCUUUGCUGAUGGCGACCUCUACGUGGCCACGGUGGGUCAGCUCUCGGGUGCGGACCCGCUCAUUCACAGAAGGCCGCUCAGGACGGAGCCCUCGGACCUGAAGCACCUCAACGCGCCCAACUUUGUGAGCUCCAUCUACUUCGAAGACUAUGUGUACUUCUUCUUCCGGGAGUCGGCCGUGGAAUACAUCAACUGCGGCAAGACGGUGUACUCGAGGGUGGCCAGGGUGUGCACCAGGGACAAGGGUGGUCCACACAAGUUUCAGCAGCGCUGGACUUCGUUCCUCAAGGCCCGCCUCAACUGCUCCGUCGGUGGAGACAUCCCCUUCUACUUCAACGAGAUCCAGUCUACCAGUCCUAUUGUGGAGGGCACAUACAAUGGCAAGGAUGCCAAGCUCAUCUAUAGCGUCUUCACCACACCCCACAACAGCCUGAGCGGCUCGGCGGUGUGUGCCUUCAGCCUGGAGGACGUCCAGCGCGCCUUUGAGGGCAACUUCAAGGGCCAGGACGACAUCAACUCCAACUGGCUGCCCAUCGUCAACUCCAAGGUCCCCGAGCCCAGGCCGGGACAGUGCGUCAACGACUCUCGGACCCUGCCCGACGUGACGCUCAACUUCAUCACGGAACAUCCUCUCAUGGACCAGGCGGUUCCGUCCUACUUUGGGCGACCCAUCCUGGUCCACACUGGCUUCCAGUACCGGUUCACCUACAUUGCCGUGGACCCCCAAGUGGAGACCGUCAAUGGCAAGAAGUAUGAUGUCCUGUUCAUCGGGACCGACGUGGGACGUGUGCUGAAGGCGGUGAACGUGGCCAGCGGUGCCACGGGUGGCAACCAGCAGCAGCAGUCCAAGGGUGGACCCGUCCUUGUGGAGGACGUUGGAGUGUUUGAGAGCGGUGCUCCGGUCACCAACCUGCUGGUCCACCGCAAUGCGAGGGAGCCCCGCCUCAUCGUGGUGGCACCCUCCGAGAUCCACUCGAUACCGCUUUUCGGCUGCCAGCGCUAUGCCGGAUCGUGCGCGGAUUGUGUGGCCCUCCAGGAUCCAUACUGUGCGUGGGACACGGACAACAACGCCUGCGUCAACCCACGGCUCAAGAUAAGGAAGAAAGACAGCUUUGUGCAGAACAUUGAAGAGGGCUGGGAUCACCGCUGUGGCCAAGGGGUGUUGCAGGACUCCGGUGGCGUGACAGCGUCUCCCGCCGUGAGCGUUUGUCCUGCUUGCGAGUGCACCUGUCCUCCCUCCCACCCUUCUCCGCCACCCUCCUCGCCACUCCCGGCGUUGCCGACCGCAGACGAGGAGGAAGACUCGGCUGCCGAGGAGUUCAAUGACCUCACUCGGGAAGAGCUCUUUGGGCGCCCCACCGAUCCGCUGAGGUCGCUCCAGUCCCCCAAAGGAGGCUCCGACGACGGGGCACUCAGCAAUCAAGUCACCCGCCCAAUGGGGACUGGGAACGAAGGCGGCGUGGCGGGCGCGUCGCUGCACGGCGCCCAGGGGGGCCCCUCGGCGUCGUCGCAGUUCUACACGGCGGAGACGCUGGCCAUCGCAGUGACAACCAGCAUCGUGUCCUCACUGGUGGUGGGCUUCAUCAGCGGCUACAUCUUCAGCCGGCGCUGCCGCGGGGACGAGGAGGCAGACGACGCAUGCCCGGCGGACGACUACUCGCACUACCUGGACCGGGGGGGUGGCGGGGACCCCCACGCAGAGGGCUUCCUUGCGGCGGCCCACCACCACCACCACAACAACGCCAAGCCGAUCAACCUGGUGCUGAACGUGCCGCCCAAGAACGGCAAGAACGCCAACAGUUCGGCCGACAACAAGCCCCUGCAGAAGGUGAAGAAGAUCUACUUAUAGCGGACGAGCGACGCCGCCACGGGAGCACUGCUGCGGCGGGAGGGCGCCCUGAUCGACGGAUGAACGUGCGACCGACGAAGGAUGCACCGGCCAUUAUGCAAGCAGACGACGGAGGGAGGGGCCGAGCGUCCGCUCUCUGCGGUCCACUGCAACUUCCCGGCCAAUAGCGGCAAUCGUACGGUCGUCACGUGCUUCCGAGGGGGACGGCCACCUCUACGAGGAGUCCUCGGCACAGUGCAGAGAGGGGCAGGCGUUCUUGUCGUUCCUGAGACACGACACACGCAUGGCUAUGGACGACGAUGAGCAGUGCCCGGCUGCCGAAGCGGGAAGGGGGCCGCCAUUGGAGGACGCAAGGGACCUACCAUUUUGAGGACAUAUUGUUUGGGGAACAAGACUACAGGGACCUCGGCGCUUCUUCCGUGGUGCCACAGGGUUGCGUCGGAUCGGGACUCGAAAGCAGCCGCGGAGCGCGUCGGUGCGAGAGUGCGGGCUCGACCGGCGUUUCGUCUGCUGACGACAACGUGCCCUUCGCGAGAUGGCGUCCACGUGCGACUGCGUUGCAUCCCAUGCCUCGAAGUUGACCGAGUUUAGAGAGCAGAUCGAAACCAAAAAAACCAGGACUACGGGGUCGACGAGAUUCGUUGCCGUCUUGUGCUUCCCGAGAAUGCUGUCGGCAAGGUGUGUCCAGUUCACCUUAGAACUCAAUCCGAGGACCGCAUUGCACGAUUCUAAGAGCGCCGCUUCAGUUGCGUCGGCACCAGAUUGAAGAGUCCCGUGCCCGUUUCUCGUACCGGUUUAACUCUUUGAGGUGUUUGCGAGACGGCGAGGCUGCAUCGGCGUGAGGUCGCGGCAGCUGCAUCGUAAUUCUCGACUGCGUCCUCUCGACUUGUGAGACGUCGAUCGCCGUGGCUGCGACGGAUGUGCCGGCUGUGCAGUGAACCCUACGUGCUGCAACGCGGGCGAUUGCCACAACGCGUCGGAAGGAGGCCCGCGUCAUGAGCGGCAAAAGAGAGACUUCUAGUCGUGUCGGUGCGCGUCUGCUAGUUACUAUCGUGUUGUCUUUCUACGAUUCUAUGAACCGUGCUCGCUGACGCAAUCGAGCUGCGGUGGAACCGCGUGGCGGUGUCGCAACCCUGGCUGCACUUCAAAGCUCGUUUUUAUUAUUAUUUGUUUCCCCUUUUUUUUUUAUUGGCUCUUUUGACUCUGUUUCUAAACUGCGCCUAAGUUGUUGUUAUAUUGAUGUUGUACUAUACCUAUGUGCUGUCUUUUUUCACCGAUUUAUAUUGUUUUCGUAAGCAAGCAUUCCCGUUGCUGUUUCAUUGACGCAGCGCUUGCCAAAAUGUCUUUCUUUUGUGCCUUCCCUUCUGCGUCUUUUGUUUAGUGAUUAUUUUUAUCCCCGGCCACGCACCGCUUCAAUGGCAAACAGCAUCGUCUGCGCUCCUCCGCCAACCACUGGCGCUGGAAAAGUUUUAUCUAUUUAUUAAAGGUCCCCCGGCCAACGUCUACGAUUGUUUGCCGCAUUUUGUACAGCAUCGUUGUUUUUUCCCUUUUGAUUUCAUUUACAGUUCUCGUGGUCAUAUCAGCUCGCCUGUAGAUGCUACCAUUUGAUCCUCGUCUGCAAUGAAGAGAAGAUUUUUAUUUCAUUUGGUGUUUAUCGUGUACAAAACUCGCUUGUUUUUUACCGACCGUGUAAUGAAAUAAUGACUACACACUCGUCUUCACCUCAAGAAAAAAAGCAAGUUUUGCACAUUGUUCGUACACUGCGCAAAGUAGUUCUUACGAGAUUUGGUUGUCGGAGGGAGAAACAACACUUUAGGCGUUUGAAUGUGUACGUCUUGACGACGUAUCUCUAAUCUAAAAUGCACCUGCACAUAUCUCAAUUCCAUACAUAGAAGGGGAUAUCAGUCUCUUUUACUACGGGUUCUUGAGGUGAAAACGAGUGGAGUCGCACGAUUAUCUCGAUUUACCUAGUCCGAGUCAGGAGAAAAGAUAUCCCAAGGGGUUUUGCUCCCAGCCAAUCGUCUUGACGCCCCCUUUUCCUCCCCUUUUUGUCGAUCGUCUCUUAAAGACGGAAGUGCCGAUCUUGCGAAUCCGAGGCGGCUUGGGAUGCUUUCCUCUCGGGGGGGAAAAAAAAAACGUGCUCGGCUUGUGGAGUUUGAACGGGCCAAAUGCUUUUUCAUACCGAGAGUGCGUGCGUUUCAACACGGUACCCAGUUUUCUUUAUCUCACCGUUUCCGACGUCAAGUACAGUCGUCCACACCGUUAAGCGGAGCAAGGCUUAGCCUUAGAUACAAACGCCACAAAGGAACGAGCGAUGACUGAGCGUUCUUUCGUGUCAGUGUUUAUCCGGUUCGCUGCGACAGGUGCUCUCGCUUCUAUUGACAGUGUGGACUGCUGUACGUCGGUUCCGUCGUGCCGUUUUUUUGUUUGUUUUUGUACAUGUAUGUGUGUGCUUGUGUUGUGCAUAGCAAUCAAUAUAUCCGAGGUUUUACAGUUGCUUUCAGAGCUCCCUAGUUGAUCGAGUUUUCCGUCGACAAUAAUGAAACGCGGCUGUUUGAUGACCGCUUUACCGUUGGCUGGACGACGUGGGAUUCAAACCUUUUUUUCUUGAAACCGAGAGGGCUGUUAGGUUUGUCCGGGGCGCGAAGCUCACACAACGAUAGCGGGAGGACAGUUUUGUGUCUGUGUCUCUGUACAGAACUGUGACAGACGUUUUUCAGCUUCCCUUUCCUCAUCCCGGUAAUAUUGACAGGCAUUGCAAGCAGCCCCACCAGAGACAAACCUCUGCUCACAACGUUGCAUCCAUACUGGGGUGCGUCCCUCCCAACCCUGUACGUAGUCUGUUAUGGUCCCUUUUUCUUUUUUAUUGUAGUAACUGUAUUCUUUGUCAGUCAUAGUGUACUUUAGUUCGCCUUCCCUCUGCCACCAUAAUCACCGAGCUAUUCUCAUUAAUGUCUACGCUCUUCCUUUGCCCGUUUUCCGAAGUUUGCCCGUAAUUUGAUGUGGCUUCCAUACUGUCAGUAAUAAUUGCACAAAGGAUGCCAGCGUUUCGAGGUUGGCGUUUUGCGGGAAUUUCAGUUUGGUUCGCUUUUGUAAUUUAGCCAAUUUGCGCGCUUGUGGCCGAUUCAAUUCGGCGAAGACAAAAAAAAAAGACCCGACAUUGUGCGGCUCUUAGGUAAGCCUGUAUAUGCGACAGACUGAAUUCGUUGGGUUUGGACGAGUUUUGAGAAAGAAAACGACGACGUAAAAAUUGAUUUUUUUACUGCAUGAUAGUACUGUAAAGUUUGCAAUUGCGAAAGAAAUAAGGAGUGCUGCAAGUCUUGGGCAGACGCCGCAGUACAUCAAAAACUUCUAUUGCAGCGAUAGACAGUUUUCAUUGUUAAAAGAGCUUCGGGUAAAGCAAUGGAAGUUUAAAACAAAAUGUGUUGCAACUUUUCACAGAUGCUGCAGUCCCUUAACAACUUCAAAGAAUCGCUAGCAGGCCCCUGCAUCGUCUCGUAUUCAGCGCCAAAGAGCAUCAUUCUAGAGCCGCCCGUGAUGCGGCGCAAUAUGUGUACAAGGUUGCAAGGCGGGUCUUGCUUCGAUGCCAGUUUUAGCUUUACGUAAGUGUCUGUCGUUUUAGUUCGUAGAAGGGACAACCCGCGGUCAAAACGGACAGAGGGGUAAAAAAAUAAACUGAGGUGCCUUUGUUUGACGAAAUCUUUCUGCAUGGCGCGUGUGUACUUGCGCAAACGUGGGUGCAGCCGAAAUACUUACGACAUGCAAUACAACGUGAAAAUGCUACAAAAAAAAAAUGUCGAGGACAUUCCGAAUUAGGGAUGUGUUCAAAUGCCCCCUUUUUUUUCUUAUUUUUGGCAGCUAUCUUUUUUUUUACCCAUAAAGAUUUUUGUGGUUGCGGACAGGAUGAGAAUGACAUGGAGGAGCUUCAGUUGUCCCGCCCCCAGUGCAAGCUUCCCACCUUCGGUAAUGCUUCAGAAGCGCUGCGGAAGGCCAGAAGUGCAUGCUGGAAGCCGAGCAUCGAAAGAGGUGCCCAAUGUUCUCGUCCUGUCAGCGUCUAUGGAACAGAAAAAGGAAACUUAGGAAAUCAGUUGCUAUCAAAGAGAAACAUAUUUAUUGAACCGAGUUUAAAAUAUGUUGCGUUGUUAGAAGACAGUUUAUGGUACACCUACGUUUCCCCGAACCGCUGUUAAAAAUUCCCCUCUGUUCUUCAAAAACCGUUGCAAGUACCGUUGCUUUUUUUUCUUUUUUAAGAACCUUUAUGCGCCAGCGUUGUUUUGCUCGUUUGUUCAAAGAUGUCACGUGCUGCUCCAGCGAACAUACAGUGCUCAUUCUUGUGUGUGUGUGCACGUGUACGAGUUUGUUUUUUAGAUGAAGCUUCUUCGUAAGUAAGUUUUAAGCCUUUGGCUUGGACCCCCUUUUAUUUCUUUGUUCGUCAACACAAUAACUGCUAGUAAUAACACUAUUACAGGGACAUAACCUUUUUCCCCUCCCUCAAUCGUGCCCCCCCCCCCCUUUUCCCCAUUAGUCUAACGGUGAGAUAGCAGAUUGUGCGUACCGCUCCAUAUCCUUUUUUUUUUUUGUACAUGGAGAGAAGAGCAGCCCCAGGUAGAGAUUCGGCUCUCUGCGGGUUAUCGUGUCCAAGCCCAGAGAGGAUUGUUGUACAGCUAUGUUGAUGUUAAUACGACAAUAAAACUUCUUCUCCAGCAA